AUGUACUACGUCAACCGUGCUUUACAGGGGCCGGAAACGCGGUACACACCGGCAGAGAAAUUAGUCAUCGCCUUGGUGCAUGCCGUCCGGAAACUUCGACCUUAUUUCCAGACCCACAACAUUGUUGUCUUGACGAAUCAGUCCUUAUGGCAGAUACUCACGAAACCUGAGGUCUCGGGUAGGAUGACCAAGUGGGCCGUCGAAUUGGUCGAGCAUGACAUCAGCUAUCAGCCCCGUACUGCUAUCAAAACUCAGGCCCUGGCAGACUUCCUUGCUGAGGGGGCAAGUUUGUCCAUAGCUGAACCAAACUCUCCGCCCACGGAGGUACGGCAGGAAGAGCCGUGGGUACUGUUCGUAGACGAGGCCUCAAGUAACGAAGGGAGCGGUGCCGGAAUGCUGCUCACCUCGCCCACUAGGGAAGAGCUGACCUACGCACUUCGAUUUGACUUCCCGACGUCCAACAAUGAGGCCGAAUACGAGACCCUAUUGACAAGGUUGCGGAUAACCCACCAGAUGGGUGUAACUGCGAUCAAAGUCCGGAGCGACUCUCAGUUCGUAGUCAACCAAAUCCGCGGGAAGUACGAGGCCAAGGAGAACGUCAUGAAGAAAUAUUUGUCUAAGGUACGGGAGGCGAGAGUCCUGUUUGACAUUUUUGAGAUCGAGCGGGUGCCGAGAUCACAGAACAAGCGGGCGGACGCCCUGUCGAAAUUGGCGUCCUCCUCGUUUGCCCACUUGAGCAAGGAAGUCCUGGUGGAGGUGGUCAAGCUGAAAAGCAUUGACCAGGUCCAUGUCUUGGCUAUAGACAACCCGGCCUCUUGGAUGACCCCCAUCGCGGAUUUCCUCAACUCGGGUGCCCUCCCUGAGAACAAAAUCGAGACCCGCCGACUGCAGUUCAGAGCUGCUAAGUACGCCUACGCUGGGGGGACCCUCUAUAGGAGGUCGUAUCUGUCUCUCUGGCUAAAGUGCGUGACUCCUGAGGAAUGCGACUACAUCUUCCGUGAAGUUCACGAAGACUUAUGUGCAGCACAUGUGGGAUUCCGGCUGUUGGCCAAAAAGUGUAUGCUCUUAGGCUACUAUUGGCUCUCGGUGUUUCGAGAUGCCGCGGCACUUGUUCAGAAAUGUCGAGUUUGCCUGGUGCACGCCCUGCUGCGCCACCAGCCAGCUCGGAAAAUGAUUCCCAUCCAUAACCCAUAA